UCGGAGCUGCUGUGCUGGCAGCAGUAGGCGAGGGCGCGGCUGCGGGGUUCCUGGUGCUGAGGACGGACGCCAUUGGAGCCCCAGGGAAGCAUGGCUGAGGGAAGCUACAGCGUGGAAUCGGAAAACUACAAUGUUGAAGACAUGGAUGAGGGCAGCGACGAAGCCGGGGAGGAAGAGAUGGUGGAAGGAAACGACUAUGAAGAAUUUGGAGCUUUUGGUGGCUAUGGCACCCUCACCAGCUUCGACAUCCAUAUCCUCAGAGCCCUUGGUAGCUUGGGUCCAGGCCUUCGCAUCUUAGCGAAUGAGCCCUGGGAACUGGAAAACCCUGUGCUGGCCCAGACCCUGGUGGAGGCAUUGCAGCUGGAUCCGGAAACACUUGCCAAUGACACAAACACCCGUGCUGCCAACGUAGCCCGCGCCGCUGCCUCCAACCGUGCUGCUCGGGCCGUGGCCGCUGCUGCCCGUAGCUCCUUCAAUCAGAUGGUCGCUAACCACUGGUUGGCCACACAGCAGGCCUCAGGAGACGAUACCCAGCCCAUGACAUAUGCUGAGGCUCAGGGGACCACCCCCAGGGCACUCCUUGCUUCUCGGCAGAGCUCCCAGAUGUCAGUCACCCGUGAAAUGGCUGCCCCCAGGGCUCCGGCAACCUCCACACAGUCCCAGACAGCCUCCCAGGCCCAGGAGGCAGCUACUGAGGAGGGCCCUAGUACUGCCUGUACUUUCUCUCAGGCACCACGUGCCAGGGAGAUGGAUGCCACUCGGCCCAAGACAGCCUGCCUGGGUCCGAACGAUGGCUUUGAUUUCACUCAGCCAGCAGGUGUCAGUGGCAUGGCCUUCCCCCGCCCCAAGAGACCUGCCCCGGCCCAAGAGGCUGCCACAGAGGGCCCCAGUGCUGCCUCCGGUGUGCCCCAGGCAGCACCUACCAGGGAGGUGGCAGCCACCCGGCCCAAGGUGACCAAGUCUGGGAAGGCUCUGGCCAAGACUCGGUGGGUGGAGCCUCAGAAUGUCGUGGCAGCAACUGCUGCUAAGGCUAAGAUGGCCACAAGCAUCCCCGAGCCUGAGGGUGCAGCUGUCACUGCCCAGCACAGUGCUGAGCCCUGGGCCAGGAUGGGAGGCAAGAGGACGAAGAAGUCUAAGCAUCUGGAUGACGAGUGUGAGAGCAGCGAGGAGGAGAGAGAGCUUCCUACGGUCCCGCCGACCUGGAGAGCAUCACAGCCCCCGCUGACCGUGCGGGCUCCGUUAGCCCCUCGGCCCCCGACGGCCCUGAGGUCCCGGGUACCCUCAAGGCACGUACUGUGCCUGCCCCCCCGCAACGUGACCCUUCUGCAAGAGAGGGCAAAUAAGUUAGUGAAAUACCUGAUGAUUAAAGACUACAAGAAGAUCCCCAUUAAGCGCUCAGACAUGCUGAAGGAUGUCAUCCGAGAAUACGACGAACAUUUCCCUGAGAUCAUUGAACGAGCGACUUACACUCUGGAAAAGAAGUUUGGGAUCCACCUGAAGGAAAUCGACAAAGAAGAACACCUGUAUAUUCUUGUCUGCACACGGGAUUCCUCAGCUCGCCUCCUUGGAAAGACCAAGGACACUCCCAGGCUGAGUCUCCUCUUGGUGAUUCUGGGUGUCAUUUUCAUGAAUGGCAACCGUGCCAGUGAGGCUGUCCUCUGGGAGGCACUACGCAAGAUGGGACUGCACCCUGGGGUGAGGCACCCUUUCCUUGGCGAUCUGAGGAAGCUCAUCACAGAAGACUUCGUGAAGCAGAAGGUCCUGGGGCUCAGACAAGGGAAGUCUCUGAGUGUGGCCCACAGCUGGUACCUGGAAUACAAGAAGAUCCCCAACAGCAGCCCGCCUGAGUAUGAACUCCUGUGGGGCCUGCGAGCCCGCCACGAGACCAGCAAGAUGAGGGUCCUGAGAUUCAUUGCUCAGUAUCAGAAUCGAGACCCCCGGGAAUGGAAGGCUCACUUCCUGGAGGCUGUGGACGAUGCUUUCAAGACCAUGGAUGUGGAUAUGGCUGAGGAACAUGCCAGGGCCCAGAUGAGGGCCCAGAUGAACAUCGGUGACGAAGCACUGAUUGGACGGUGGAGCUGGGACGACAUACAGGUCGAACUGCUGACCUGGGACGAGGAUGGAGAUUUUGGCGAUGCCUGGGCCAGGAUCCCCUUUGCGUUCUGGGCCAGAUACCAUCAGUACAUUCUGAACAGCAACCGUGCCAACAGGAGAGCCACGUGGAGAGCUGGCGUCAGCAGCGGCACCAAUGGUGGGCCCAGCACCAGCGUCCUAGAUGGCCCCAGCACCAGCUCCACCAUCCGGACCAGAAACGCCGCCAGAGCUGGUGCCAGCUUCUUCUCUUGGAUCCAACACCGCUGAGGGAUUGCAGCAAUCCUCCCCACCCAGCCAGAGUGCCUCCUCCGAUUCCUUCUUAACCCAGCACUCUAGGCAGC